GUGGAGGAGAGACUUCCUGGACGCCUCCUCCACCAAGGACCAGGUGCAGGCCGCACUCAUCGCCCAAUACAAGGACAACCUGUCGACGGUGGUCGAGCUGUGCAUGAGCCACAGCCAGCUGCCCCUGCGCAGCGAGAUCGUGCUCGCGACGCUCCGCAGCGUCGAGAGCAUCACCGGCAACGAGUCCCUGGCGGCGGUGAUAUCUCAGCUUGCUGAGCUGCCGACGAAGAUCGGCUACGACGAGGUGGUGCUCGAAGCUGGCCGCAAGCUGUCCAUCAUCGACGCCAAGCCCUUCAAGGAGCGCGCGGACGACCUCAGGGAUGCCUUGAAGGCCUCCGACUCCAAGGCCAACUUCGCCAUGAGCCAGCAGAAGGCGCUGCAGGCUGGCGUGGACCUGCUCAGCAUCCACCUCAAGGACGAGGACGCUACCGUUCGCAAGAACGCCCUGGAGACGUACGUCAUGCGCGCCUACCGCGGGUUCCGUGUGGAGGACAUGGAGCAGAAGGACGAGGGCGCCUCGAGGAUGAGCAUCUCGUACCGGUUCCAGUACCCUGGCAGCUCCUCAGAGG